UGCAGAAGAGGCAUUGAAGGAUCCUGCCCAAUUUCCAUCGCAACAGACCCGAAGGGACAUCGGAGCAGAGGCGGUGAAGAAAUCCAAGAAGGCACCCAAAGGCAGCCGGCUGCCCGUCUGCUGCGACAUCCUCACCUUGAAGAAGAGGAUGGCCGCUGAGAUCUACAGCAGCAAGAAAGCGCCUGGCCCCCCCAGCACCAGUGCGCACAGCUACCAGCAGAAUCUCCACAACAACAACACCAUCCAGUCUACCAACUGGCAGGGACUGUACCCCACCAUCAGAGAGAGAAAUGCUGUGAUGUUUAACAACGAUUUAAUGGCAGAUGUUCACUUUGUGGUGGGACCACAAGGAGGGACCCAGCGGUUGCCUGGACACAAGUAUGUCUUGGCCGUUGGGAGCUCAGUAUUUCAUGCAAUGUUUUAUGGGGAACUGGCUGAAGAUAAGGAUGAAAUUCGAAUCCCUGAUGUUGAACCCGGUGCUUUUCUUGCUAUGCUGAAGUACAUCUACUGUGACGAGAUAGACCUGGCUGCGGACACAGUCUUAGCCACCCUGUACGCUGCAAAGAAGUACAUCGUUCCUCAUCUAGCCCGAGCUUGUGUUAACUUCCUGGAGACCAGCUUGAGUGCGAAGAAUGCCUGCGUGUUGCUGUCUCAGAGCUGCCUGUUCGAGGAGCCGGAUCUGACCCAACGCUGCUGGGAGGUGAUCGACGCCCAAGCUGAGCUGGCAUUGAAGUCCGAGGGCUUCUGUGACAUUGACUACCAGACGCUGCAGAGCAUCCUGAAUAGGGAGACCCUCAACGCCAAGGAAAUCAUUCUGUUUGAGGCUGUACUGAACUGGGCAGAGGUGGAAUGCCAGAGGCGGGACCUGUCGGUCAACAUUGAGAACAAACGCAAGGUCCUGGGCAAGGCGCUCUACCUGAUCCGCAUCCCGGCCAUGACUUUGGACGAUUUUGCCAAUGGCGCAGCGCAGUCUGGCGUGCUCACCCUCACUGAGACCAACGACAUCUUCCUCUGGUACACCGCGGCCAAAAAGCCCGACUUGGAGUUUGUGUGCAAACCCCGGAAAGGCCUGGCCCCGCAGCGCUGCCACCGCUUCCAGUCCUGCGCUUACCGCAGCAACCAGUGGCGCUACCGGGGCCGGUGCGACAGCAUCCAGUUCGCCGUGGACAAGCGGGUCUUCAUCGCCGGCUUCGGCCUGUACGGCUCCAGCUGCGGCUCAGCCGAGUACAGCGCCACGCUCGAGCUGAAGAGGCAGGGCGUCCUCCUCGGCCAGAACUUCAGCAAGUUUUUCUCCGACGGCUCCAGCCAUACCUUCCCCGUCUGGUUCGAGCACCCCGUGCAGAUCGAGCCGGACACCUUCUACACAGCCAGCGUGGUGCUGGACGGAAACGAGCUGAGCUACUUUGGCCAAGAGGGAAUGACUGAAGUACAAUGUGGAAAAGUCACUUUUCAGUUCCAGUGUUCCUCAGACAGUACCAAUGGCACAGGGGUACAAGGAGGGCAACUCCCAGAGCUAAUAUUCUAUGCCUGA